GGAAAGGAACUCAAAUCCUCUUUGAGGGCGAACGGGGGUGGUGGGGGGUAGUGGACGCAGUUUGGGCCUUUCUUGUUAACUCCGGGAGAAAAAAAAAUCUCUCCGGCGAUCUGGGUUUUCCUUCGGUGUGAACUUGUCUUGAGCUGCCCAGAAGCGCUUCGGAAAAAAAAAAAAAACUUCGGAAAACCCUUGCCAAGAAAAUUGCAGGGACGAAAAUCGGACGGGACUGAACGGAAGAAAGAAAGAAAAAAAUUGACGUUUUGAUUUAACUGUGAGAUGUGCGCACAAGGAAGACGGAGGAACUUCUCGAGGCGCGUUUGCUUUGGAGGAGCUAAAUUCUAAAUUCUGUUGUUGUUUUUAUUGGAAGAGCUGGAGAAACGCACAGAAACGAGGAAGGUGGAUCUGUCGUUCCUCAAGUUUCAAAAAGCAAGGACAGUGGAGGAAACAGGGCUUCGUUUACAUGACAAAACACGCCGGGCCUUUUUUUUCUCUCUCUCUCUCCAGCUUUGCUUAGCAAGAUUCCUUCACUUAAGCCAUGACCAGCUAGCUUUGGCCAAUAAACCAUGGACAGUGAGGGAACCUGCCCUUGUUCCUUAAAAAGGAAGAGACACAUAUUGAACGGAGUUGUGGCUUUUUUUCGUAAACCUUUUACAAGUUUAUUUCAGAAAUAAAGCGAUUUUGAAACCAGAAAGUUACAGUGUAGCCCAGCGAAGUUGCGUUCUUAUCCUGCUUAACUAAAACUGUGACAGGAACAGUAUUGUACAACGGAAAUGGGCUAAUGCAAUAACUAGGUUAAUCGCAAAGCCAUCAGAGUCUAGAAAAGGAAAACGGAAAACGACCUGUCCAAUGGAGCGUUCAUUGCAAAAAUGGCUAUUUCUUCCAGAAAAAAAGAAAUGUUUUGAUUUCAGGAAUCAGGAAUCAACGAUGACUUGAAAGCGUCAAAAAAUAAUUAAAAAAUCACUGUUACCCUAUCAUGGCACCGAUAUACCUGGGGAUCUCUUUUCCUUUAUUAUGUCCCACUGAUAUUCUCUUUGUCGCAUUCCUAGCCCAUAUGUAAGACAGCUUCAGCCAUCCACAUCUGUGUUGCUGAGAUGUCUUUUUGACGCUUUCCAAAGACAUCUUCCAAGGGGAAAACAGCGGAAACAGUUCCCUCAGCUGAUAGUCUGGACGAAAAAGAGAUCUAUAAAUGGUUCUCCGAAUCCCCCUUCGCAGGAGUGCCAGCUUCACUCCUGACCACCAGCCUGGGGCAGAGGUCUCCACUUCUACCCCUGUGAAGAUGGAAGCCAACGUGGUGGUCCUAGGAGCUGACAGUGUGGGAAAGUCAGCUCUGACGGUGCGUUUCCUUACCAAGAGGUUUAUUGGGGAGUAUGGAGACAUGGAGUCUAUCUACACUCACAGUUUGGCAGUAGAAGGCAAAGAGAUUCUUUUCCAUAUCUGGGACUUUCCUUGCUCGCAGGAGAAAUCGGAAGAGAACUCAUCCAAAGAGAAAUGCAUCCAAUGGGCUGAUGGCUUUGUCUUGGUCUACAGCAUCUGUGACCGUGCAAGCUUCAACAGUGUCCAGUCCAAAGUCCAGUUCAUCAAAGCCACCAAGGAAGGCCCAAGCCAGGAGAAAGUGCCCAUUGUUAUUGUGGGCAACAAGCGAGAUUUACAUCAUCACCGGGAGGUUUCCAGUGAAGAAGGACGUCUCCUGGCUCUCUCCACGGACUGUGAAUUCUAUGAGGUAUCAGCAGCUGAAGCCUACCAUGGAGCAGUCAUGGUCUUCCAUGGCUUAGCAGAACGCAUAUGGGAGGCCAAGCUGGCCCUGAAAAAGGGCACAGGAAUCCGCAAUAUUGUCAAGAGUGUAUCUGCAGUCUUUGCUCGGAAAAGAACAGACUCAAUGUGAAAAAAGAAAAGAAAGCUAACGUUCUGUAAACACUCUGGGAGAACAUCCCAUUUUCCCUCCCUCUUAUUUGGGCAGACCGGAGCGUGGAUUUUGCUGAUGUGGAGUCGGCAGCCCCCUCAUUCUGCUAAUCCUGGAGGAGAAUCAACCCAAGAGGUGGUAUAUAUGGCAGUCCUGGGUGCAAAUUCAAGAAGGAAGGAAGCGGUCAUGCCCAUGUCUCCAUCCUAAAACACCAGAACCAAAGGAUUUGCCCAAGAGAAAAUUAACAUCUUGCUCAAAUCCACCUAGUAAGUUGGAAUUUGGGAGUCCCGUGUUACUAGUGCAAACUCCAGUACUGUACUCAAUUUGAUAUUUACAGAGAGCUAUAUGGAUGGAACAUCAUCACUCUGCCCCCUACGUAAACUGGACUAAACCAGAGUUCAUCUAACCAUAGUUUCCUAGAUUAACAACAGCUUAAUCUUUAAUAUUGCUCUGAAGCCAUAAGGGGACAUCAUAGCAUGACACCAUAUUAUGAAGUUCUACCCCAUGCUGUUCAGGAGAUGUAGUAGAAGGUCUGUCAAGGUGCUUGGAAGCUACCAAUGUGGAUGAGGAGGAACCAAGUGAGGUUCAACCCUAAUAAGAUGAAGUGGUUGUCCAUUCAAACAGUGAUUGACUCUGAGACAGCAUCCCUCUUAGGUCUGGAGGAGGGGGAUUGCUUCCCCUGAAAGAGCUUGCUUCCAAACCAGAAUGCCUGGAUUCAUACUAUACUGUAAGCCAAAAACCAAUUAAAUGUAGCUCAAUGCAUUGGAUGAUCCCUACCCAUAACAGUUUUGUUACUGGGUUGGGAAUGCAGCCUGAGUCCACAGAAGCUAAAAUGCAUGGAUUUCAGAGGGAUAAUUAUAAUAAUCUCCUGCAAAAAAACAAAAAAAAAGGCCAAUAUCAAGACCUAAAUAGAGAAGAGGUCUACUAGUCCAACAGUCGAGCUUCUGCUUUGUGUUCAGAAGGUCCCUGGCUUAGUUUGACCAUUUUUAACUGGCAAAAGUUCUCCAGAUGUUGCCCCACUCCCUACCUCUGGAUGCCCCAUUGGAUGGAGAGCGCUUAAUUAGAAAUGCCAAGAGUGGCAACCCAGCACCAGGCUUUAGAGCAGUGGUUCUCAACCUGUGGGUCGGGACCCUAUUUGGGGUCGAAUGACCAUUUCACGGGGGUCGCCAAACCACGCUGUCCGCCAUUUUUUCCC